AUGGCCUCAUUUUCACCCUUUUCCUCCACCUCCACCUUGUCAACGUCCGACAAACUUACGCGGAUUGCAAUUGUCAGCGAAGACAAGUGCAAGCCAAAAAAGUGCAGGCAAGAGUGCAAAAAGGGAUGCCCCGUGAACCGUAUGGGGAAGCUAUGUAUCCAAGUUACUCCGGAGUCGAAAAUUGCGGCGAUCUCUGAAGAGCUCUGCAUUGGAUGCGGUAUUUGUGUAAAGAAGUGCCCAUUUGAGGCAAUCACCAUCAUCAAUCUGCCGACCAAUCUCUCCAAGGAUACCACUCAUCGUUACUCUGCAAAUUCAUUCAAGCUGCAUCGAUUGCCGACCCCUCGACCGGGGCAGGUUCUCGGUCUGGUUGGCACGAACGGUAUUGGAAAGUCUACUGCUUUGAAAAUCUUGGCCAACAAGCUGAAGCCAAAUUUGGGCCGGUUUGAAAAUCCACCAGACUGGUCAGAAAUCCUGGCCUAUUUCCGUGGCUCCGAAUUGCAAAACUUUUUCACGCGUCUUUUAGAAGAUAACUUGAAGGCGGUGAUAAAGCCACAGUUUGUGGACGUUCUUAAACGAACUCCAUCCGCGAAAGGAGCUACCGUUAGAUCAAUGCUUGAGCGCUGUGAUGAUCGAGGUGCUUUGAAGGAAAUGGUGGAGAUUUUGGAUCUUGGUGCGGUAAUGGAAAAUGAAAUUGCUAGUUUGUCUGGAGGUGAAUUGCAAAGAUUUGCCAUAGCCGCAGCAUGCAUCCGAAAGGCAGACAUUUAUAUGUUCGAUGAGCCCUCCUCAUAUCUCGAUGUAAAGCAGCGUUUGGCCGCUGCUCGAGCCAUCAGGUCUCUGUUGUCACCCGAAGUUUAUGUGAUUGUGGUGGAGCAUGACUUGAGUGUGUUGGAUUACCUUUCCGACUUUGUGUGCGUCCUGUAUGGAAAACCCGGAAUUUAUGGUGUCGUGACGCUUCCUUAUUCCGUGAGGGAGGGCAUCAAUGUCUUUCUAGAUGGCGUUAUUCCGACGGAAAAUCUUCGUUUCAGGGAUGAGUCUCUGACAUUUAGGAUGGUUGAAAGUGCCGACCCCACGGCAGAUGAAAUUAAACACACCCGGAAAUACGAUUAUCCAGAGAUGAAGAAAACGCUACAAGGCUUCACAUUGAAUGUCAAACCGGGCUCUUUUUCUGAUUCUGAGAUUCUGGUGCUGUUGGGUGAAAAUGGUACGGGAAAGACAACCUUCAUAAGGAUGCUUGCCGGCCUUUUAAAGCCGGAUCCGAUUGAUGGCAUUUCGCCCUCAUUGCCUCAGCUUUCGGUCUCUUAUAAGCCACAACAGUAUACUCCUAACUGGCCCGGAACGGUAAGAACGCUGUUUAUUGAGCGCAUCAAGUCUCUCUAUAUGCAUCCGCAAUUUCAAACAGACGUUGUGCGGCCUCUGCAGCUGGACGCUUUGCUUGACUUGGAUGUGAAAACCCUUUCUGGCGGUGAGUUGCAACGUGUUGCGCUUGCCCUAUGUUUGGGCACCCCGGCCGAUUUGUAUUUGAUUGACGAGCCGUCAGCGUAUUUGGAUUCGGAGCAGCGUAUUAUUGCGGCAAAAGUGAUCAAGCGAUAUAUUCUGCAUUCGAAAAACACUGCUUUCGUGGUGGAACAUGACUUUAUCAUGGCAACCUAUUUGGCCGAUCGCGUAGUGGUGUAUUCGGGAACACCGGCCGUCAACACCACUGCUUCGUCUCCGUUGUCCAUGCUCAAUGGCAUGAAUAUGUUUUUGGAGUCGCUGAAUAUUACGUUUCGAAGAGACCCGACAAACAUGAGGCCGCGAAUCAACAAGCUUGACUCUGUCAAGGACAGGGAGCAGAAAUAUUCGGGAAACUACUUUUUCCUCGAGUCAUAG